AUGAGAUCGGUGGUGAAGAUCGGGAAUUUAUUUACAGCGGCUGCGAAUGGUGACGUCAAGGAGCUAGAGGACCUGCUUUUGCAGGGUGCACGAAUCAACGAUACAAAUAGCGAGGGAUAUACGGCACUUCAGGUUGCAGCAAAAAAAGGGAAAGACGACUGCGUGACGUUUUUACUGCAGGAAGGAGCAAACGUGAAUCAACGAGACUCUGAUGGCUUUAGCGCACUACAUGAAGCAGCAUUCUUUGGUUACGACAACAUAGCACGAAUCCUAUUAAGUUAUGGAAUUGACAAGACGUUCAAGAACUUGGAAGGUUCUACAGCAUUGGAUUUGGCUGUACGCCAUGGCAACGGGAUUAUUGUGCACAUGCUUGCAGAAGGCCAUUCCACCGAUCAAGGAUUUUAUUAG